AUGGUUUUAAAUGCAAACCGGGCAUUUAUACGUUAUUGCGUUAUUUUGCUAAAUGCUUUUAGCUUUUUUAUUUUUAUUUUUAAAUACGCCCUUAAAGCGCUCCAUAUGCUUAAAAAAGUUAAGCAUAAGCGUAAAACUUUGUAUUUUAAAAACGUUUUUAAUUUUGGUUUAAAUAAAAAUCGCUUGGAAUUUCGAAAACCAUUGGUUAAUAUUUAUAAUGCUAGCGGCCUUUUUAAGCGUAUUGCGGUACUUUUAAAAGAUUAUUUAAAUUUCCAUUAUGGAAAU